AUGAUACGACAUUUCGUGGAUAUCCGAUUGGGUAGCGAAAUAGUUGAUGUUGGUAUUCCUGACAGUCUAAUCGUCGAGACAUUUGAGAUGAAGCAGACAUUGGCUGCGGUGCUUAUAAAUUGCAAGGAUCGUGGCGAAGAUGAUACAGAUCACACAGCUAGGUUCAUGAACGAUAUGUGCGACGAGCUGGAAUGGUUUGAAACAGAAGUACUGUCGAGUAUGGGAAGCAUCAGUUCUGAAGAUGCCAUUCCAUUCUUGAUUCAGCUGAGUGAGACUAUUCUUCGAGAUGUCGGUUUCACCAUGGCCGCAUGGGACUUUUCCGAGGCAGCAGAACCUUCCACAUCGGAAGAUUGUAUGGAAGUAGAAACAAGCCAGCGAAUGCGAGAUUAUCCUGUGAUUGCUUGCAGAUUGGUUGUUUCCUUCUGCAACAGUAGUACACCUGGUCUACUACUUCAAUGGCAGUCGCUGACGCCGCAGAGGCUGCUUGAUAUUGAGGUUGUCACGUCAAUCAGCUCCUCACCGCUGCUGCCUGUGCUGGAUUUCAUCCCCAAAUGGAUCAUCAAGUGUACUAAAGAAGACGAACAGUUGGAUGAAAAAGCAACCGCUGACGCAUAUUUGUCGUUAUGGAAGGCAUUCCUGGAGCGAAACGAAUAUACUGAAACAAUGUUGGACAAGUCCAUUAAUAUUUGUGCCGUCCUCCUUCUGAAUUACCUCACUCAGUCAAAUGAAGACGCAAGGGACAUUCCUGAUCCACGCUUACAUGACUACGAAGUGACAUUGCCCAUAUCUAUCAUACUUCAUAAAGUGAUAUUCAAGCACAAGUUGCUAAUCACGAAAUUCAUGGAAAGAGUCGGCGGACUUUCUUGCAGUGAUUUGCUAUAUUCUGAUGACUUAGAUGGGGACUCAUGUCUGUUGCGAUUAGGUAGUUGUGCUCAGCUGGCUCUGCUUUGUGACCUGACUGCGCAUGGAGUUCGUCGAGUAGGAAAUAGCACAUCAACGGUUCAUCGAACUAGUCAGAGCGUGAAGGAUUUACUGGCAAUUCUACGUGAUCGUGUUG